AUGACGUCGACUUCAGUGCCUGAAACAGGGACGCAGCAGGGGGCAGCGGCGCUGCUACGGCGGCCAUCGCGGAGCGCCGCCACCACGACCUUCUCUUUGGAGGUCUUCGACAAUGAGGUCGUCCCCUCUUCUCUGCAACCUAUCAGCCACAUUCUCCGCGUCGCCACCGAGAUCCAGAACGAGCGUCCUCGCGUUGCCUAUCUCUGCCGGUUCUAUGCGUUUGAGAAGGCGCACAGGUUGGAUCCGAGCUCGAGUGGACGUGGUGUGAGACAGUUCAAAACAGCUCUUCUUCAGCGAUUAGAGCGGGACAAUGCAUCAAGUCUUGCCUCUCGGGUUAAGAAAACAGAUGCAAGAGAAAUUGAGAGCUUCUACCAACAAUACUAUGAGCACUAUGUUAGAGCACUGGACAAGGGAGAGCAAGCAGACAGAGCUCAACUGGGCAAAGCUUACCAGACAGCCGGAGUGCUUUUCGAAGUUCUCUGUGCCGUUAACAAGACUGAAAAAGUCGAAGAAGUUGCUCCCGAGAAGGAGCUUAGCAAUGUGCACUUUUAUGAGCAGAUUAUUGCCGCAGCAAAAGAUGUCCAGGCAAAGAAGGAAAUCUAUGCUCCCUAUAACAUUCUUCCCCUGGAUUCUGCCGGGGCAUCACAAUCCAUUAUGCAGCUUGAAGAGAAUAAAGCUGCUGUGGCUGCACUGCGGAACACACGUGGCUUGAAUUGGCCGGCCUCAUUUGAGCAGCAAAGGCAGAAAGCAGGGGAGUUGGACCUUCUUGAUUGGCUAAGGGCAAUGUUUGGGUUUCAGGCAUGUCUUGAUGAUCGAGCUGUUGAUGCAUUCAUGAACAAGCUUUUCAAAAAUUACAAAACAUGGUGCAAAUAUUUGGGAAGGAAACACAGUUUACGGCUCCCUCAAGGGCAAGAAGAAGUGCAACAAAGAAAGAUACUUUACAUGGGCCUCUAUCUUCUUAUCUGGGGUGAAGCAGCCAAUGUCCGCUUUAUGCCAGAGUGCUUAUGCUACAUUUUUCAUAAUAUGGCAUAUGAACUCCAUGGUCUAUUGGCUGGAAAUGUCAGCAUUGUCACUGGAGAAAACAUUAAGCCUUCUUAUGGUGGGGAUAACGAGUCUUUCCUUCGGAAGGUCAUAACGCCCAUUUAUCGCGUCAUUGACAGGGAGGCCAAGAAGAGCAAAAAUGGGAAAGCCCCUCACUCAGCUUGGUGCAAUUAUGAUGAUCUAAAUGAGUAUUUCUGGUCAUCUGAUUGCUUCUCUUUGGGUUGGCCCAUGCGUGAUGAUGGCGAUUUCUUCAAAUCAACGCGUGACAAGACUCAGGGAAGCACAGGCAAAUCAUACUUUGUUGAGACCCGAACAUUUUGGCAUAUCUUCCGAAGUUUUGAUCGAUUGUGGACGUUUUUUAUUCUGGCUCUACAGGCUAUGGUCAUCAUUGCAUGGAGUGACAUUUCUCUAUUGGAUAUUUUCCAGAGGGAUGUCUUAUAUAACCUGUCCAGUAUUUUCAUCACGGCAGCCCUUCUUCGCUUCCUUCAAAGUAUGACCUUCUUACCUGAUAGCUGGAACAGCACAGCUCAAGCUUAA